AUGGCAUAUCUACUAGAGAAGGCAAAUGGAUCUCGAUGUGUGCUCGAAGCCAUUAAGGUCGAGCCUUUCACGCAGAAGCAGUUUGCAGACAUGAUAAAGGAGGCUCAUACAAGGUCCCAAGAUUACUAUCUUGCUCGGGUUCAAUGCAAGAACGGCUCUGAGGACGGAAAGAAUAUAUACUACUGCUAUGACGCAAGGCAGCUUUGUAAAUACAUAUUCGAGAUGGUCAUCUCUACAGAGGGUAGGAAGAUAAGGAUAAAGAACUUCAAGGAUCCAAUAAACCAAGAGCAGAUCCACGAAAUCAGCUUUUUCAAGCUAAGAUACGACUCGGAGACCCCUCUGAAGGCAGAGUAUGUUGGAAACCAGGUGAACUUCCUUGAAAACAACUGCUUCCGUAGCAAGAUAUUCUAUCAGGAAAACGCCCUAGAUGCGCUGUCGGUAAAUUUCCAAUUCGGGCCUCAGAAGAAGAAAAUACCAAUCAUCAACAGGAGAAAGAUAUUCACUGUGUUCAUGAUGGUCAUCUUGGUCCUGGUCGUGGGAACGCUAAUUGCCAUGAUAGCAGAGAAGGAGUCCCCAAAGGCCUCUCCGCCACUAAAACUCUCCAUAAACAAAGGAAAAAGUAUUUAA